UUAAAGACGAAAAAUUGUAAAAUUGUAAAAUGGUUGGUGUUGCAAAAUGCUAAGUUAUGUUCUUUUUGCAAACCAUCAAAACUGUUUUACCAUUGUUUUUUUUUAUCGUAGAUUUGCCGGCACGAAAUUAUUUAGUAAGUGCAAUAUUUGAGCUCCAUUAUGUCUAGUUCAAUGUUUAUUGAAAGAAGCAGUCCGCUGUCUGCUGACUCUAAAAAUUGUACCAACGCAUCGGACUCCAACCUUGUGGUUGUAUAUGGGAAAAAUGGGAUAAAUUUCGACGACAAAGGAUUGGAAAAUCUUAUAGAUGAGAAGAAAAUAUCAUCUAUAAGUGUGAUACGUAUAACAUCGCCAACUCCUAGCAUGGAGGAAGAGGAAGAUAAGGAGGCUAAACUUGAGGAACUGGUGAGGCGCCAAGAGUUGGAAUCCGCAAAUGAUAACUCCGAAGAGGACGAAGAAUACAGGUUAUCUGGGGAGACCAGCAGUUCUGACGAAGAGGACGAAUCAUGCCAAGACUUUCAGGACGAGCAACAAGACAAACAAGGUUUAUUGGAGAAAAAUCAAGAUGAUAGUAAAUUAAAAGGCAAGAAAUUUCGUCGCCGUGGUCGUCACACUAACAUUGUAAGAAACAAAAAAUCUCGAAGGCGUAGAAGAGAGCGCGCCAAAAUUGUUGGACUAAGUUUCGAAGAAUUUUAUCGAGAACAAGAUGCAAAUGAAAUUAUAAAAAGAGCAUUAAAAUUGGCUGGAUUGGGUCCUGACAGAAAAAGCAAAGAGGACCUUGAAUUUCAACUGCUUGUUAUCAAAAAUGACCAUUGCUAUACACCUUUCACAUCUCCCAGUCAAAUGAGGGCGAAACUAGAGGCCGAUAAGCUGGAACUUGAAAAACAAAACCGCAAAAUUACUUCCAAUCAAAACAUUGUGUCUACUGGAAAGCAACUGUUUGUUAGAAAAAAGGCUCUGCAAAAGUCAGAUAUUUUACAAAAAAGUUCGCUUGGAUCAUCUACAAAAGAAAAAAUUUCUAUGCUCGGAGAAGCUAAAUCUUUUCAUACAACAAAGGAAGAUGAACGCGAGAAUGAAUCCACGGAGCGUCGACCAAUUGAUGAAGAUAAUCCAGGAUCCUCUCGAGAAGACGAUGAUAGUGAAUAUACAGAAGGCAAUGAAACCGAUGAGUCGGACAACGACCGUGACAGCGAUUUAGAUUUCGAUGUAAACAAUCCAAAAGGUAAAAGAAGAAAGAUAAGAGCCGCCAAAUUAAACAAGCGACUAUCGUCUAUUACAAAAAUUACACAAAAACCGAGACGUGUACUCGCUCAGGAGGAAAAUCCUGAUUUAGGGAAUAAAAUUUCGCACAAUACAAGUGCGAUCAGUAGACAGAAACAAGUUGUUAUGAAAAACGUUCAAGAUGCUGGUCGCGUUACAAUUCGCUCAACCCCAACUAAAAUUCAAGCACUCACUAAUGUAGUAGGUACUGCUAUGACAAGCAGUACAUUAAAUCCACUUGUUCCAACGUCACCUUCUUUGCAAAGAAAGCAGAAUGAAUUGAAAUUACAAGCAACGGCCAAGCUACAGGCGUCGUCUCCAUCGACUCACAAGGAAAUUAUAAUACAUAGACAAAUUAUGCCUAGUCCAAAAACAAAAGGCUUUACUGAUUUGAAUACGUUACUCUUGGAUCAUAAUGAAAAGGCACUGCCUAUUGCUACUAUUGCAAACAAGGCUAUCACUACAAAGUGCUCUGCAACAUCUCCUUCGCCGAAACAUAGCACUUCGAAGGGCUUCAUGCCCUUAGUCUUGGAUACCGCGUCUAAAAAUCAGCUUCCCGCUCAAAUUUCUAUUCAGACACAUCAAAGUACUUCUGAAUUGGAAGCUGAACAUGACAAACAACUUGACUGCUUGAUUGAUGAAAUGCAAAAAUCGAAUGAAAUUUUAAUGCCGACCAACAUACCGGAGCUGGUAAAAAUGUUGGAAAGCACCGAGGCAGCGUUGACUCCUAGUAUGCAUUUAAAUAGUGUUGCAUCAACUCCAAAAAUGUGCGAAAAUAAAGAAAAAAUAAAUGUCGAACAUAUUGUGCAAGCACCAAGUAGUAGUAGCAAAAUUGCGGGCAUGGAUAUGACAAGUACUACCAUGUUGCCUACUACGGACGAUGACGACCUUCCAGAUGACAUAUUGCAACAAGUUGUUGAUUUAAUAAAAGACGAUAAAACAUUGCAAGAAGCGGUUGACGUUUUAGGUUCUGGCGACUCAAACGAUCCCUUGGGUAACGCCACUAACACAGCUAACCAGAAUCCACCACCGUUGGCUCCCAUUUCUCAGCAAGCAAAUAGUAAAAACAUUCUUGAGGAUAUCCCUCAUUCGUCUAAAAGCAUCAUACAAAUGAGUAUUUCUAAUGUGACUCCAGUAAAUAGGAUUAUACCCCUAUCACCAAUUACUCCUAGUAGAGUAACUCAACAAACAGUGAAAACAUCUCCACUGGUCCGAAAAGAACCAAUACAAAUUAUUAGAGGUAACGGACGAGUAAUUACGUUACCUCCAAUUGAGGCACCCACAACGAGAGCUAAAAGACGCGCUCAAAUUCAGCCUUGCACAAGCACAAGCACAAGCACAAUGAAUAAUUCACCGUCUUCAAGCAUAUUCUCAAGCACUGUUAGUGAAAUAUCAUUGGAUAGUUCAACACAUUCAAAUUCUUCAUUGACUUCAGUUUGUGCAACAAACAUUGUUCAAGAAAAAAAGAAUGUAGACAACAGCACUAGAAGGCGAUCUAAAGAAAAUAUAACUAUUCCAGCAAGUGUUUCUAGCCCAAAAAUUAAACGUAAUUCUGCAAACAAGAAGCCAAAAAAGCAUCAACUUGGUGAAGGCAUAUCAGAUUCAGGUGGCGAGGACGACGAUGACCCUAACAAGUUAUGGUGUAUAUGCCGUCAACCCCAUAAUAAUCGAUUUAUGAUAUGCUGCGAUUCAUGUGAGGAUUGGUUCCAUGGAACAUGUGUGAAUAUUACAAAAGCUAUGGGAUUAGAAAUGGAGCAGAAAGGAAUCGACUGGACUUGUCCAAAAUGUGUUAAAAAAAUUGAGGAAAAGAAACAGCCCAAAAUCACUGAAAUGUUGAUAAGAAAUCCAGUUCCACAAUUGCCUGAAACGAUUUGUUUGGCUCAUAGUGAUAAUUUGGAUGGAAAUACAAUUGUUUCAAAAUCUAUUGCUACAGGCAAUACACAACAGUUGACGAGCCCGCUAUCCAAUGAAAUUAAACAGACAGUUGUCGAAACUCCAAAGACAAAAAUUCACAGUGGACAGGUCAUAAAUCUAAAUAGUAUAGGUGGCAAACAGCUUAUAAUACAGGCCUCAAAUAGUGUAAGUGGCAACUCUGGCCCAAAAAAAGUUUUCGUUGCCACUACUCAGCCAAUAAGGACAGCACCUACUCUGAACUCAUCAUCCAUACGAACUAUAACAGUAGUUAAACAAAUAUGUCGCGGAAAACAACAGACCCAGCAGCAAAAUAUACAAUUCAUUAAGGCUAUAUCUCCAAGCCAAUCUACGAAUCAGGGUGUGAAAGUAGCUUCUGGUGCAAUAACAUCAAGUGAAACACCGACACCAUGCAUAGUUUGCAAGAAAAUUGCAAGAUCGAACUCAGUUUUCUGCAGUGAUGACUGCAUACGAAAACAUGCUCAAACGGCGUGGACUGAUUUUAUUUCAAAAUCGCAGACAGAAGUAUCAAGCCCUGCUAGUCCCCUGAGUAAAAAUCCUACUGAUGACAAAAUGAAGAAAAAAUCGAAAGGAUUGUUUGAAGAAGAGCUAUCAAUGGUUGACCGUAAGACAAAAAUGGAGAGAGUAACUGUUUUCGAACGGAAAUCAGGUCGAACUUUGAGUGGGAAUAGCGCACCAACGUUUGCCAAUUUAAAAAAAUGGUUACAAGAUAAUCCUACCUUUGAGGUCGUUCGGCCUGGAAGUCAAUCAGCGCUGGAUGUGGAGAAAAAACCAAACGUGCGCGUUCAACCAUCUAUAUCUCCAACAACUUCGAAGGCGAUAACAUCACCUCCACCUCUAAAAAUGCUACCUUUAUUAAGUUCGUUUCAACAAAAAUCUGAAAUUAGAUCAAAUAGCCCCAAAAAUGUGUCCAUUGUACAACAAAAAUCAAAUAAAAAUGUUACAGAUUUUUUGAAGAAUUCUCCACUUUCUGCGAAUAGUCGCCCAAGCACACCAAAACAACUGCAAAAGUAUCCACAACAAGUGUCCAUAAAAGUCGACAAAAUUCAAAAAUCUACAGAAGAAGGAAAGUCGUUAAAAGAGAAGUCUAGUGCAGCCAAACGGCCUACUAGCACUGAGUCUGGAAACAAAAACACAGGAAAUGAUGGAGACAUUCGUCAUGUUGUUCGACACACUCUAAAAGAGCAGUUGUUGCAGAGAAUUCAAGAAGGCCAAUCUUCUUCGCAAGAUUCUGCUAACGAAUCGAUAAACGCCAAGGAUGUACCUAACAUGACGCCGGAAGAGAUUGAAGAAUUCACUAAAGCUACCGAAUUGGAAAUGUACAACUAUUUUAACCGCGAUACCGGUGCAAAAUAUAAGGCAAAAUAUAGAUCAUUAUUAUUUAAUAUUAAAGAUAGAAAAAACUAUACGCUAUAUGCAAAGAUCUGUGGAAAGCUAAUAGAGCCCAAACAACUUAUUCGGAUGUCACCAGAGGAAAUGGCUAGCCAAGAGCUAGCACAAUGGCGUGAACAAGAAAAAAAGCACCAGUUAGAGAUGAUAGAAAAAUCUGAGUUAGAUUCAUUAGCAUGUGCAAAAAACUAUGUUUUGAAAACUCACAAAGGGGAAGAAGUGAUUGAAGGAAAAUCUUCGGAAUUUAGUAAUGUUGACAUAACUAUACGAGCGGAAGAUUUGGAACCAAUUGUUAAGAAGUCGAAUUAUUUAGAAGCCAUGCCAACAUUUAAGAAUCAAACUAAUUACUCAGAAAUGGAAAUUAAUUCCCAUAUGUCAGAAACAAUUACGAAUUCCGAAAAACUUAGCAGCGAGGAGAAAUCAAAAUCGUUCAACAGUCACAUUAAGGAACGGGACAAAGAGAAAGAUAGACAUCGUGAAAGGGAAAGGGAACGCGAAAAGCGACACAAAAGUAAGGAUCGACACCGUGAUAAAUCCCGAUCUCAUAAACGGAGUAGGAGUCCUUCUCGAAGUCGGAGUGGAGAACGAAACGACAAACGUCAUAAGAGUUGUCAUAGAGAGGAAAAGCACGCUCGCGAAAAAGACCGCAUGAAAGAGCGUUCAGAGCAACAAAAUGAUAUCUCUGAAAAAAGGACGUAUUCUGAAAAGAAGACUGUUGUAGCGCCGAAGCCAAGAGAAAGCCGUUCUGUAAAGAGGCAAACAAACGAACAAAAAUCCAAUUCAAUCGACACAUAUAACUUAGUUGAUAAAAUUCUUGAAUCUACGAAAACCGUAGAGGAAGCAGCCAAUUUAACUUCGAGUAAAAAUAAAGAAGCAGAUAUUAAUCGGAAAACCAAUGUUGUAUCGUUGCCUACAUCUUCGAUUUCUUCCACAACUAGUAGUAGUGGUUCCGAUGCAAGCUGUGUCGUUGAUAUUCCUGCGCUCACAAGCUACGUUGAAAGUGACCAAGAACCAUCCAGUACAGUGUCGAUACCUACACCUCCCCAUGAUCCAUAUGCCCGUUUUCUUUCAUUGGAUUCCCCUUUAUUUGAAAGCAGUGACAACAGUUUUAACAACACUACGUUAUGGACUGGAAAUAUAAACAUGGUGGAUGUAACAUCGUUUAGUCUCAGUAUUCAACCUGUUUUGGGCAAUUGUGUAAACUUAUCGAAACUAUUGUCAAAAGAAUUGGAUGUGGUUGGGCGUAUUGGUGCCGAAACCGUUUGGGAUUACAUUUCAAAAAUUAAGAAAAGUCCCAACAAAGAAAUCGUUAUUGUUCGCUUGUUGCCGGCUUGUGAAACAGAAACAUCGGCAUAUAAAUUGCUCUAUGAAUAUUUGGACAACCGCAGCCGUUUAGGUGUUAUAAAAAGUGUAUCCCCUUUUAUAAAAGAUUUUUACAUUUACCCUUUGGGCGCUAGGAAACUUUUGCCGAUUGUGUUGCGCCCAUCUGAAUCUGUCGAAUUCUUCGACGACCCUUGCAGGCCGGAUAUAUUAAUGGGUAUAAUCGUACGAGUUGUCAAACGGUACAAUAUUGUAGCUCAACAGCCUGCGGCAACAAUCGCGGAUCCUAUGAACAAAUUUAUAAGUCGCGCCAAUGAUGGCGACUCCAAUACUCCCCCCGGCAGCCCAAAGUUAAAGAAACGUCGUCAAUCUGUUGUUCCAAAAGAUAUCGAUGUGGAUGCUAUUAUUAAGGCGCCAAUCAUUUCAAAAACAAAUAAAGUGGUACCUGCAGUAGUUUCAACUUUAAAGGAUUCCGAAGAACCUUACUCGCCAGGUGGAAGUUCAGACGACGAUUUACCGUUGCCGACUAUUAAAUCUGCCAGUUCUAAUCAAAUGCAAAACAGAGAAGAAGAAUUAAAACGCAAAAUGGAGGAAAUUAACAGACAAAUUGCUGCGCAGGAGAUGGAAAUUGCCGGCUUGCUCACAGGAGAAUCUAGGAAAUUCGGAAAUUCCACUGGAACAACGUCGAAAGUUUUGGCGAAUAUAGCCAUUCCUUCGAAUUUAUCACAAAUUUUAGCUAGUAUAAAACCAACAGCGUCUGCACACGAAGGACAACCAGUAGUUCCACCUCCCCCGCCAUUAAUUGGCUCGAUAAUGAAAACAGCACCGUUAUUAAAUUCUGUGGAAGAUGAGUACAACCCAGCUGAUCCUAUUGAACCUUCAUACGGACAAAAAAUUACGACUCACACGCCAUCCACAAGUCGACUGGCGAAACUAAGUGAAGCAGAGCUUCUUAGUAUGGUUCCCGAUGACGUAGUUCUAUUAUCAAAGCCACCUGUAGCGCGGCAUGAAGAACCCCCUCCCCCGGGCGUUUAAGAAAUUUCCAUUAAUGGCAAAUUAAUUAAAUGUAGAAUUCAAAUAGUUGUAAUCGCUGUCACGUAAAUUAGGUUAAGAUAAAUUCUUUCAGUUUUCAAUCAGCACUGAAAAUUCUCGUAAGAAUUGUAGUUGUUUACGAAAUUAAAUAGUUUAUAGAUAUCUCACCGUAAAUAAGGAUUGCUUUGAACGUUUUUCAAGUAUUUUUUUUUUUUCAAACUUCUGGGUAAGCCGUUUUGCAAAUGGAAUGAAAUACGUAGCCAAAGGCUAUUUAAAAUAUGAAUUUAAUAAUUUUUGAAUAGAACUUAUUUCUUCACUAUAUCUGUCUGUUAUUAUUUUCUUUCUUAUGAGUAAUUGUAGAUUUUGGCUCAUUGAAUUUUUAUCAAAUAAACGUUACUUUGUGUACA